AUGAAUGUUAGGAUAUACGACAGCUCCAAAGCCCAAACCUCCGCUGCAAAGUCCCUGAAGAUUUUAAUGGAGCAAUGGAUGAGCUACAAGAACGAGUGCAUCCAGAACAUCAUCAACGCAGCGCCUGCAAACGGCCUAGUGUGUAACAGGACAUUUGACCAGUACGCCUGCUGGCCAGAUGGUGUUCCCGGCACCACUGUCAAUGUCUCCUGUCCCUGGUACCUUCCCUGGUACCACAAAGUUCAGCAUGGCCUGGUGUAUCGUGCGUGUGGGGCAGACGGCCACUGGGCUCCAAAGAGCAGCAAGAACACCAGUGAGUGUGAAGAGGAUGACCAGUGGUACGGGCGGAUCCUCCGUGUCUUCAGGACCAUGUACACGGUGGGCUACUCGUUAUCACUGGGAGCCCUGGUGCUAGCCCUCUCUAUCCUAGUGGCAUUCAGGAAGUUGCACUGCAUGCGGAACAACAUCCACAUGAACCUGUUUGCUUCCUUCAUCCUGCGGGCUCUGUCCAUCCUCAUCAAAGACACCCUGCUGGACUCCAUCAACAGCAGCUCAGCCCAGCUCUCACAGACACACACACAGCGCUGGGGCGCUUCACAGAUGGUUGUCGGGUGUCGUGUUGCCGUGGUGAUGAUGCAGUACAGUGUGGUUGCUAACAAUUACUGGCUGCUGGUUGAGGGCCUCUACCUGCACAGCCUGCUGGUCAUCACCGUCUUCUCCGAGAAGAACUACUUCAACAUGUACCUGUGCAUAGGCUGGGGGGCGCCCCUCAUCUUUGUGCUGCCGUGGAUCAUAGUCAAGUACCUGUAUGAGGACGAAGAGUGCUGGGAGAGGAAUAUUAACAUGGGCUACUGGUGGAUCAUACGUUCACCCAUUCUCUUUGCUUAUCUGAUUAAUUUCUUCAUCUUCAUCCGCAUCAUAAAGAUCCUGAUGUCCAAGCUGAAGGCUCAUCAGAUGCGCUACACUGACUAUAAGUUCAGGUUGGCCAAGUCUACCCUGACCCUUAUCCCUCUGUUGGGCAUUCACGCCAUCCUCUUCACCUUCGUCAUCGAUGAGUCCGUCCCCAAAGAGUCCCUCCUGCGCCUCAUCCGCCUCUUCUACGACCUGCUCUUCAGCUCCUUCCAGGGUCUGCUGGUGGCCAUACUGUACUGCUUUGUUAACAAAGAGGUGCAGUCUGAGAUGGUGAAGCGGUGGAAGCGCUGGAAGCUGGGCAAGGACAUCGAGGAGGAGUACCGCCACACGCACAGCCAGACGCCGCACGCCAAGAGCGCCAGCGUCGCCAUGGCCGCGCUCGGCGACGACGACGACCCCCCGGACUUGGACCCGCCCCCCGAGCCCUCCCCCACGUCCUCCGCCACGCUCCUCCGGGUCGGGGAGGAGAGCCGCCGAUUGGUGGUCGUCGGUGGCCGCGGCUCCAACGGGAGGGGGGCUCGGUCCCAGGAGGGGGCAGCCGGGGAGAGGAGCAGGGUGCAGUUAGUCUCCCUGCCACCGGAGGGCAGCAGCUACGGGAGCAGCUCCGUCACCGAGGACAUCGGUUUGGAGGAGAGGCCGCGCGGCUUCAGCCUGAACCGCAGCGGCGCCGACGACAGCGCCGACGACAACGAUGAGCGUCACCUCCGGCGGCAGGAAGCUACGGAGAGCUACCUAUGAGCUCCGCACUCUUCUCCUCACGGGAGUGCUCGGGUAACCCUCGGGUUACCAUGCCAACGCCU